AUGGCAAGGUGGUGGUGCCAGUUGCUGUGCCCGCAGCCUAAUAAGCAGGUGGCGAGCGAGAGCAUGCACGGCGCUCGGCUCGCGGCGCAGCAGCUGAGCAGGGGCCGCGAUGCCUGCGACGUCGAAGCAGGCAAGCCGUGUCAGGAGGAGACGGCGGCCGCUGGCGGGGGGAGGGUCGCGGCCGUGGCAGCGACCACUCAGCAGCACCACAGCAAUAGGCCUACCAGCACGUUUGCCCAGUCGGUCAUCAACAUGGUUGGCAUGCUCAUAGGACUUGGGCAGCUAUCCACUCCUUAUGCCUUGGCAAACGGAGGCUGGGCCUCCAUUUUCCUCCUGGUCGGCCUCGGCAUCAUGUGCGCCUAUACCGCACACAUCAUCGGCAGGUGCCUAGACGAGCAGCCCGGCUCCAAGACGUAUCAGGAUAUUGGCCAGCAGGCGUUCGGUUCCAAGGGCCGGCUCAUCGCCUCUGCAUUCAUCUACCUCGAGAUCUUCUUCGCCCUGGUCUCCUACACCAUCUCCCUCAGCGACAACAUCCCGCUCGUCUUCGCCGGUGCCCGCCUCCACCUACCAUGGCUGCGCCUCAGCACCACGCAGCUGCUCACCGUCAUCGCCGUGCUCGUGGCUCUUCCCAGCCUGUGGCUAAGGAACCUGUCGUCCAUCUCCUUCCUCUCCUUGGUCGGCAUCCUCAUGUCGAUGGUCAUCUUCGUCACCAUCGUCUGCACCGCAGCCUUCACCCAUGUCGGCCUGGGCAGGCACAUCCCAGUCCUCAGGCUUGACAAGAUACCGGCGGUGUCCGGCCUCUACAUGUUCAGCUACGCCGGCCACAUCGUCUUCCCCAACAUCUACACAGCCAUGAAGGACCCCUCCAGCUUCACCAAGGUCUCCGUCACGAGUUUCUCCAUGGUCGUCGUGCUCUACACGGCCCUCGCGUUUGUCGGCGCAAGCCUCUUCGGUCCCGGUGUGAGCUCCCAGGUCACGCUCAGCAUGCCGCCGGGGCUCGUGGUCACCAAAGUGGCCCUCUGGGCCACCGUGCUCACACCGGUCACCAAAUACGCGCUCGAGUUCGCGCCCUUCGCCAUUCAGCUCGAGCACCACCUGCCGGCGACCAUGGGGCCUCGUGCCCGGAUUAUCAUCCGUGGCAGCAUCGGCUCGGCGGGGCUUCUCAUCAUCCUGGCGCUGGCGCUCUCGGUGCCAUAUUUCCAGUACGUGCUCAGCCUCACCGGCUCGCUCAUCAGCGUCGCCAUCUCGGUCAUAUUCCCGUGCGCGUUUUACCUCAAGAUCCGCUGGGGCCGGUUGUCGCGCCAAGUCGUCGUGCUGAAUGCGGCGAUGAUCGCCGUUGGUUUUGUUCUCGCGGUGGUGGGGACCGCUUCGUCGGCUAAGCUGCUGGUGAAAAGUAUACAGAAUGGACAUGUGGCGUAG